AUGGCCUCCGGUCAGCAGGAGAGGUCGCAGCUGGACCGCAAGGCCCGCGAGGGCGAGACCGUCGUCCCCGGCGGCACCGGCGGCACCAACCUGCAGGCGCAGGAGAACCUCGCCGAAGCUGCUCAUGUCAUGUCUACGGUGUUGGCAGGGCGCAGCCGCGGCGGGCAGACGCGCAAGGAGCAGAUGGGGGAGGAAGGAUACAGCGAGAUGGGGCGCAAGGGCGGGCUGAGCACCAACGACGAGUCCGGCGGCGAGCGCGCGGCCAGGGAGGGCAUCGACAUCGACGAGUCCAAGUUCAAGACCAAGUCCUAG